CGUCAGCCCCCGCCCCCCCCCCAGGGAUGUAUUACCUAGUGCCACGGUCACCGUCACCGUCACAGGCACCCUUGACCACACCCCCGGUCUGCGCGCGGUCCUUCUCCCUCCCUUUCCCGCACCUGCCCGCAAGCUCCCGGGGGCCGCAGGUGCGGACGACCGUGAAAUUCCACGCCCCGCGGAGACCCGCCGGCUCUGGGGAGGGGACGGGGAGGCGCGGUGCAGCCGCGCUCCCAGGCGGAUGACCCAGAGCGUGCCUUGUUAGCCAGCAAGCAUGGCGGUGGUCCACGGCGGGCCCUUCUGCUGCCGGGAGCUGGAGGGAGCCGACUUCCUGUCCGACACCUUUUACUCAAAUGAGGUGCACACGCCCCUGCGAAGGGUCACUCGGGCGACGGCCUCAGACGACAGGUAUCAGGAAUUAAGGGAUUCACUACAACAAUGCCGGCUGCCAUGGGGUGCAGAAAGGGAGUAUGGGGGGAUAAUACCCAUCUCGCUCCCCGAGGAUCACAGACCAAAAUGUGAACCUCCCCGUGUCAUGGGCAAAGGACAUCAACACUAUGGUUUUGGUGGACAGACCUGGCCAAGGAAGCUUCCUAUGGAGCACUUCUGUCAUCUGAGACGGAACAGAAGAAGCGACAUCUCUGGAAAUGACUCUCUGCAAGUCUGCGUUAUUUUUUUUUUUCUUAUGAUGCCCAAACCACCUAGUUCAAUAGUAAGGGAAAUCUGCUCACCAUUUCCAGUUGAGCACCCCUACCACACACACAUCUCUCGUGGUGCCAUGUUCCCAACAUUUACGUCACCUAAGGACCUUUACACCGGCAUCAGAGCUCGCAGUCAACGGCCAUUUCCCCCCACUGUGCCAACCAAGACCUAUGAUACAACUCCUGUUCUGAAGACAAGAGGUAACCCUUACAGAUAUGAACUGCUUGAUUAUCCCAUGGAUUCAAAGAAGGCAGCACUAACGUGGCCAGGUCAGGCCGUCUAUUAUGACUUUCCUAAAUGUGUUGAGAAAACUAAGCCAGUAUUCUACCCAAAACCUCCUAAAACCUUCGCUCCUAACACUUCUUUAAAUUCAUGGGACCCUAUUUAUCCUGCAAAAGAAGCCAACAUACAAAGAAAUCUUGAGAGGAACCACUGGAUCACUUCGUACACUCACGACUUUACAGGUCUGGGGCCCAUGGACCCCCUUGAACUGGAUGAUUACCAUGAAAAGGAGGUAGCAGAGUUAACUGGACAGAUAGGAUUUGACCCAGAGCCUCAAGAAAAAUCCCAUCCUGUCUUAAAACCUGCCAGGCCUUUGGAAGGACGAAUUGCUCGACUGAUUCAAAAACAACGUCCUCUGGAGGCUACUGUACAGCAAACACCAACUUCCUGUCCAGAUUGUACCCCUAGAGUUUUGUGUACUUUUCACACCUUUGUACCCAGUUCUGCAGAAAUGAUGGCACUUAGUGAUAAUGUCCUGGCUGGUGUGACCCACAGAAACCAGGAUACCGAGGAGAAGAUUAAGGAAGAACAAAGCUUGCUGUCUACCUAUGCACUGCCACCUUAUUACCACACAAAAGAUCUGACUAGUAUUUACAACAUAAAACCAUUUCCAAAAAUCACAGAUACUAGAAAGACAGAAGAUUUGUACUGGAGACAGCUAUCUUUAAAACCCCAAUCCACGCCUUACUAUAAAUCUAACAAUUACAUUGACUACCAAGAUUUAAAACCGGCCAUAUAUGAUAAGUAUUCUAUGUGUCAAAACCCUUACAGUUUUACAAAACCUGGUAUUCUACAAAAUAAUCCAUCCAUGGAAGAUUUCUCUUUAGAACAUGUUUUAAGUAAGCCAGAAGAAUCAUGCUUGAACUUGGAAAACAGUGAAGAAACAAGACCUAUUCUGGGCUGGAUUCCCAGAGCAGGAGUGGCCAAACCUCAGAGCAGCCUGCUGGAGCUUAAGAACUCUUUUUCAAAAACUGGUGCACAAAAGCGUUUCCUUAAAUCAAUUCUAGAUGACCAAAAAGACCUCAGGGACAGGGAGCAUUCAGGGAUGAGACAUCAAUUUUAUGGCUAUAAUUCCCAUUAUUUCUAUAAUUGAGAUAUUCGUUCUUCCCUUCAAAACCCAGCUUCUUACAAGAAAAAAAAAAACCAACAGUUUCCUGUAUGUUGCUGAAUUGUUUGUUGGAUUAAGCCAAAUGACUUUGUUAAUUAGGAUUAUGUUUUCAGGAAUUUACAUUAGGAUCUGAUCAGAGGAACCCAGAAAAUGUGAUGUUCUGAUUUCUUGAAAAGUUAACAAUUUGGCAACAAAAUAUUAGAGCUAGAAAAAUAUAGUCUUUAAUCUCAUCUUCAAAUUAUACUCCAAGGAAAUUUCUCAGAAUCAUGAAGAGCAAUGUGUACAGCAAAGUUUACAUCAUCCAUUGUUUUACAAAAAAAGGAAAAUUUGAAUUCAAACGUUCAAUAAUUGACACAUGACUAUUCAAACU